CAACAAUCCCCAAUUAGCGAACGCACAAUGAGAGCAGCAACUAUCAUCUCCGCCAUCCUCGUCCUGGCAGCGUGCCUCUUGAGGAGCAGCGAGGCGGUGACCUGCACCGCUGACCCCACCGUCACAGGAUGCAUCAACUGCACCACCAGUCCAACCGAUCCCGAGUGCGUGGCCGAGGCAGCCCAGACCUCCAGCUCAUCCACAGCGGCUCCAGACACGCCCACCGUUGCGAACAGCACCACAGCGCCAUCAUCAGCCGGCGGAUCUGGAUCUGGAUCUGCAUCCGGAAGCGGGUCUGGGUCCGGAUCUGGAAGUGGAACUGGAACCGGAAGCCGUAAGACCGUCCGCUUGAGCAACCUGCGCUACUCCAUCAAUCGUCGCAUUCGGAUCAACCCCGCCACAUCCAGCUCCAGCGGUCGCUCCGGCCGCAGUGGCCGCACUGGGCGAACCGGACGCACAGGGCGCACUGGGCGCACUGGGCGCACUGGGCGCGCUGGCCGCACUGGCAAGCGCUCCACCAACACCAACACGAACCGCAACCGCAACCGCCAGCGCAAGAACAACUCCAAGAACAAGCGCGGAAACGUUCGCGUGGUGGUUGGUUAAAAAAGGUUAAAAUGUAUACAAUUGGAAAAACUGUUUGGC